CUUCCUUCCCAGCCUCUCUCCGUCAGACCCAGGCUUUCGUAACCGGCGCUGUAGCUGUGUCUCGUCUUCUGUGAGCCGGUGAGAAAUGGCAGCGCUCAGGACUCUCAGGAAACUGUGCCAGCACACACAGCACCAAGUCUGUAAACUGCACACGUCCGCCUCGAGGCAGGAGGCGGUGGUCAUCUCAGGAAAGAAACUCGCACGGCAAAUUAGGGAUGAGGUCCGGGCCGACUUAGAGGAAUGGGUCUCAACCGGCCACCGAAGACCCCAUCUGAGUGUUAUUCUCGUGGGAGACAACCCAGCCAGCCACUCCUACGUCCUGAACAAGACACGGGCUGCGGCUGAUGUCGGAAUCUCAAGUGAGACGAUUCUCAAGCACACGAACAUCAGUGAGGAGGAGUUACUGGACUUGAUCGAUAAACUCAACACCGACCCCCGCGUGGACGGUCUACUGGUACAGCUGCCUUUGCCAGAACACAUCGAUGAGCGUGCAGUUUGCAAUGCAGUUUCCCCAACCAAGGAUGUGGACGGUUUCCACGUGGUCAACGUGGGCCGCAUGUGCCUGGAUCAGUCCACCAUGCUCCCUGCCACUCCCUGGGGUGUUUGGGAAAUUAUUAAACGCACAGGUAUUCCUACUUUUGGGAAGAAUGUCGUGGUUGCCGGACGCUCCAAGAACGUGGGCAUGCCCAUCGCCAUGUUGCUGCACACAGACGGCCGUCACGAGAGGCCCGGAGGUGACGCUACAGUCACAAUUUCUCACCGAUACACUCCAAAGGAUCAACUUCGCCAACACACUAAAAUUGCUGACAUCAUUGUGGCUGCCGCAGGGAUUCCAAACCUCAUCACUGCAGACAUGAUCAAAGAGGGAGCGGCUGUGAUCGACGUCGGAAUAAACAGAGUGCAGGACCCCGUCACUGGAAAGAGCCGACUGGUUGGGGAUGUGGAUUUUGAAGGUGUGAGACAGAAGGCGGGAUUCAUCACCCCAGUGCCAGGAGGCGUUGGCCCGAUGACUGUGGCGAUGCUGAUGAAAAACACUGUCAAAGCAGCCAAGAAUGUCCUCCUGUGUCCCCCACAGAGGAUCCGCAUGGCUGUUGCGUCCUAAUUGGAUCAAGACCACAUCCCAGCAACAGUGACACAUUCCACCGACGAGCCCACUCUCCACCUUCCCAACACUACCGUUAUUAUUUAUUUAUUUUUUUUACUUGGAGCAACCUGCCAUGCUCCCCUUGCACAUGGACUGGAAAGAUGAUAGCCUUAUGGAUCUCUUUCUGCUGAUGUCGUUAACCUUUCAUGACUCCAGGUCCAGCCAUAAUUAGACUGUUACAUUCACUGAUGCAGCAGCAUGUUUAAUGUAACAGUGUUUUCAGUAUUUAUCAUUUGCAUUGUGCAAGGUUUUAAAGAAUUUUCUGAGAUUAUGUUAUUUAUUGGUACAUUGACACAGUGUUUGAACAUGAGUGAAACCGGGUGGUGAGGAUUAGCUUGCCGGGUGACUGAAGCCUUUCUGCUGUAUGUCUUUCUAUUAGUUUAUCCUGAUGUGCAAAGGGUGAUAAGGGCUAAUGUCAUCAGGGGCAAGUAUGUAUAUCCGUAUACAAGCUUUAAAGAUUCACAAUUGCCUUUGAGAAAUCUUUGAAAUAAAUAUUACAAAUGUCUCCUAAUGAUGUUUUUCUGUUACUUUUUAACCGCCAAGUAAACGAUGUCCGUGUUUCCUGCACUUCUUUCUAGUUCUUUUCUUUUCCUGUUUUGCUGUAACUGGAUGCACCUCUCGCCUCGAGGAAUGAUCUUGGAGUUGAAGAGCAGUAAAGUUUGAGUUCACUGAGUUUGGCGCUCUGUCUCAGAUUUACUGAAUAUACAAAAAAUAAUUAAGACUGACUGAAAUCAGAAGGGAGAUCUGGGGGAUUUGCAUAUUCACUAAAAUUAAAUAUGCUUUUACUUUGUUUCAAAAUGUAGCUUAAAACAAAGGACAAUGACCUCAGUCUUAAUUAAAAUUGACAGCAUACACUCAGUGGACAUUAU